AAAAUCACUUGCCUCACCGUCACAUUCAUUUCAAAUUAUAUAGGCCCCUUCGCCUUCAGCACCAACAUAUUCACAAUGGCUACCAAGCCUCAUCAUGAUGCAGAAGGUGGCCCUAUAACAGAUGAGCAGGGUGUUUAUAGAUUUAAACCCAGAGCAUUUAACAUUGUAUGGGGAAAUGACAAUCGCUACUGGCGGAUUCCAUCGACGCGGAGUAAUAAUGAUGAAGUUGCAGAGCUGGUUCAAGUGUCCUGGCUUGAAGUAACCGGUUUAGUCGAACUACGACCUUUGAAAACCUAUCAAGUUACCUUCACACUGAGCUUCAAAGAGGAUGCAUUUGGUUGGAACGGAAGCCCUGUUUUCUUGAUGGCUAAGGUAGGGAAGAAGGGAAAGUACAAGUGGAGAAGGCUAAAGGAACUGGAAUCCCUUCCUAAGGUACCGACAGAAGUUCCAAGCAACAGUGAGCCGUUCCUUGUUGAAGUUCCGGAUGAUGUUCCUGACAAGAGGCUUUAUUUCGGUUUGUAUGAAGUGUGGAGCGGGAAAUGGAAGGGAGGUUUGAGAGUUCACGGAGCAACCGUCAAGGAAAAGAAGUGAAGCAAGAUAUAGAUAUAUUGGUAUAUAUAUAUAUAUAUAUAUAUAGGUGUGGCAUGGUUUUAUUUUGUAUUGCAUAUGGUAGAUCAUGAAUAAAUGGGACUAAGUUGUAAGUUUCAUAACAAACUGAAAGAAUAACAGCCACAUUACACUUACCUUCUUUGCUACCAGUUUGUAUGAAUAUAGAUUGGGUGGAUACUAUAGUUGCACUUCAUUUGUCCCUUAAUUAAUUUCUGAGGGAUCUAACCAACUUGGAAUGCCAGUUUGAUGCCUUUA